AUGGCCCAGCCUCAGCCAUCACCAGCGACUUCCGGGGCCCUAGCCCAAUCUCUCUUCGGUGGACCGACACCUCAGGUCAUAUCGACACCGAUCCAAGCCUCGAAUACGCCCACACAACCUACACCAUCUCCGAUGGAUCAAACGCCUGGCUCAGCAGCGUCAAGCAACAACACGUACAUCAUGCCUAAUUCUCCUAUCAAGAAUAGAGGUACUCUUGAUGGCUAUCGCCCAAGGGUCACAAGGACUCUGGGGCAGCGGCCGGCCUGCCUUGUCAACGCCUCGGUCACGUACUGCGGCAACAAUCACAUUUAUGCUUUCGGAGGCUUCGACCAGUACACCGACGAAGUCUACAACCAUGUCCUCAAAUUGGACUUGGUCAGCCACCAGUGGAGCUUGGUUGACAACUACGGCGAUAUUCCCGGCGUAAGGAUGGGCCAUACUGCUACUCUUUACCAAGGUGACAAGCUUCUGGUCUUUGGCGGUGAGAACGAACACCGAACCUACCUCUCGGACUUGAUCAUUUUUGAUUUAAAAUCCGCGCAUUGGACACAGCCUUCAGUGACGGGACCCGUGCCAAAAGGCCGUGCAAGACAUGCAGCAGUCCUCCACGAGGAUAAGCUGUUCAUAGUUGGAGGUAUCACUGGCCACGACAACUACGUUCUGGACGAUAUCUGCUAUCUUGAUCUCAAGACCUUCACUUGGUCCCGCUCCUGGCGCUUUGUAGGUCGAUUCGACCACUCGGCCUACAUCUACGGAGACAGAGUAUGGGUCUUUGGCGGACUGUCCGAGGAUAUGGACAAAAUUGGUGAUCUCUGGUGGCUCGACCUCAAAGGCAGUCCGGCUUUUGAUUCGGCGCCCCAUGUUGGGAUUUACGAUCGCCAAGCUGGCACAAGCCGGGCUGUUGGUUCGCCACGACAACCUUACUCUAUGGCCCAUCCACCACCCGCUGUUGGUUCCUCAGGUUAUGCCGCCAACUCUCGGACUCAGCAAGUCAACCCGCCAUCUUUCCAGCUCAAGACCUUUUCGCCGAUGGCUCCGGGAACCAUCUCGUCCUUGAAGUUCGUCUCUGGACCCAAUAUACCCUCACAAGGGUCUGGCAUUCACUUUCAUGUGUAUUCUUCGGGCACGCUGCUUGAUUUUGUUACGCCGGCCGCAACUAUCACUUCCAAAGAAUGUUCUCUGUCGGCGUUGGACUUGGGAACGUUGCGAUGGCAGAAGCUGGCCGAGGGCCGCGAAAUUUUCAAGUCAGGCUACCGAUGGCACUACUGUACCAUGAAUGAGGACGGAACCAAGGCAUGGCUGCUUGGAUGCCCUACUGACCCUGCCGCGUCGGAUUUGGGGCCCAAUGGGUUUGAAGAAUAUUUGAGCGACAUAAUGGAGAUUGAUCUUCGUCGAUACGGCUUCUUAGGAAACAACCUUUCUUCUGAGCCACGCAUAGAGUCUAGGCCAACGACGCGAGUAGUCGACCAGCCUUCAAAAGGUCUCGGAGCCGACUUGGCAAAACUCUUUGACCAUCCUCCCGAGAGCGGCAGUGGCACUGACUUCAUAGUCACAGCCUUGGAGGGCGACUAUGAAGACGACGACAUGAUGACUCGAGUCACCGAUGCAUCUGCAGGCCAAAACUGGUUGGCGCCUGACGCUCCUACAUCCCAACCAAUUCACGUACACAAACUCAUCCUCCAAGCUCGUUGGCCGCACUUCGCUCGGUUAUACAACUCCCAGAUGGCCGAAUUCCACACGAAGAAGAUGCACAUCCCCGAGCCAUACUCGGUGGUCAAGGCAUUUCUCUACUACCUAUAUACGGACAGCAUACACGGAACGUCUGUCAACGAGAGCGGUGCAACCACUGAUUUAUCUGAUGUGGCUGGGCUUCUUGUGAUGUCAAACAUCUACGGAAUUCCGCACCUCAGACUUUUGUGCGUGAACCGACUCUCCAAGGAACUCGACGUUGACCAUGCCUGCGUCAUCUGGCACUGUGCUGGACUCGCGAGUGAGGAAUGGCUUCGCAAGCGGGCGGCACAGUUCUGUCUCACACACUGGGGUCGCAUCGUGCGAACCCAAGGUUUCCUUCGUCUGCCACGGUCAGCGCUAGUUGAGCUCUCUCAGGAAAUCGACAUGGAGGGCCGCGUGGUGGGCGGUGACGAACUGGAAUACGUCGGCGGGCUGGGAGGUUCUCGAUUCGGCGACGGCUGCUCUGUUGUCAGCCGAAAGGAGAGUGUGAGCAGCAACCACACGCAGCUACUUGACAGCGAAGCCGACGACGAAGAUGGCAUGGAGAUGAGCUGA